AUGACGGUCAGCGCGGAUCAAAGAAUUAUUGGUUGUCUGAUGGCGGCUGUAGGUCUUCUUGUUACCCUGUUAUGCACACUACAUGGCAGCGCUAACAGUGUAACACCCGAGUUUCAAUGUGAUUUUGACGAGGAUAUGGAUCCUUUCUGCGGGUUUCGGCAGAGCACCGACGAUAAUUUCAACUGGACUAGAAAUAAUGGAAGUACUCCAUCGAGAGAUACAGGACCUCAGCACGACCAUACCACUGGUGCAGGUUACUACAUAUUCAUAGAGGCGUCAAUGAAAGGACCAGGGUACAAAGCAUCGAUGAUCUCGCCAUCUUUUAUAUCACUUAAUAUACCGAGGUGUCUUCGUUUUGCAUACCACAUGUAUGGCAGAACAGUAGGCACGCUGCAGAUCAGCAGUCAGAAUGAAGGGAAUUCUACUAGAUCAAAGGUCAUGUGGUCUUUAACAGGUGACCAAGGUGACCAGUGGCACGUGGCGUCGCAGACAGUCCCGGCAGAGACAACAAGAUUUGUUAUAGAGGGAGUCCGGGGGAGUGGGGCUUUGGGAGAUAUUGCUGUAGAUGAUAUAACUCUUACACCAGGUUACUGUGGUUCAGAUAUUCGUGAUGGUCAUUACAAUGAUCAGUUGUCUAUGUAA